GGGCGUUUGCUUCAAAGCUCGCAUCCACUUCCAGUGCGAUACUGCCAUUCGUUAUCGCUGCGCAUUUAGCGGAAUUUUCUUGGCACGGACAGAGGCACCGCAGGAAGACAUCGGUGCUGUCGCAAGGCGCUGCUUGAACUUCGCCAGCUCCGGACGGAGGGAGUCGCUCGUGCAAUCAGGCGCUAUGCUUAUACUGGCAAAACCUGCUUCUUCCAGGGGGCAGUAGCCUCGCGCAUGUGUUUUCCUCCAACAACUAAUUGCAUAACACUUACGCCUUUCCGCUACGAUCAGUUCCCUCGAGCUCAGUGAACGUGAACACUACUUCAUAGACGGCAGUUAUUUUUACGGCUGGGGCAAGUUAGCAGCUUCGAUCGGCACAUCUGCUUACUAAAAGUGGGCAGAAGUCAAGACUGCAAUGGAUGUCGAAUCGUACCGAGAUGUCGCUGGCGUGUGGCUGCACAAUGCCUUCCGUGAGGAAAACGUCCGCUCGGCCAUACAGUACAAGCCUCGGGAAGGUGACAUCUUCAUCGUAACUUAUCCAAAGUGCGGCACCAAUUGGGUUCAGUUCAUCGUCUACAACAUAUUGACACGCGCCAAGCCCCUGCCGAGCCUGCGCGAAUUCGGUCUCUUGAGUCCCUUCAUAGAUAUGAUCGGCGCCGAAGCGGCCGAUAAUCCGUCGAGGAACGGCCCUAUCAUGACCCAUCUACCACCGAAUGUCCUUCAGCCUGUCAAGGGUUGCAAAUACAUCUACGUCACUAGGAACCCGUACGACUGUGCCGUGUCCUUCUACCACUUCAUCAAGGGAUUCACACUGAAGACGGUGACUGACGUCUCUUUCGAGAGCUUCCUGUCCAUGUUCCUGUCGGGAAAGGUUAUCUACGGUGACUACUUCGAUCAUCUGCUUCCUUGGUACGACCGCAGGGCAGAAGAGAACGUGCUAUUUUUAACGUACGAGCAACUGUCGCAAGACACGAGAGGAGAGGUACUGAAGAUCGCCGACUUCCUCGGCGACGACCAUGGUGCUGCACUACGGAAGGACGAAGCCCUGUUCCAGCGCAUCUUGGACGCCUGCAGUCUCGAAAGCAUGAAGGCUUUCUUUAAGGACCCGCCGACAGAGCGGAUAAAGGAAAUAGUCAAAGCAGUCACAGAAAUAUCACUGACCUCGACAGAGCCUUUGAACAGACAUCCAGAUAGGAACAUCGAUAAGCACGAUGGUGCUGGUUUUGUGAGGAAAGGCAUCGUCGGAGAUUGGAGGAAUUACUUCACUCCAGAACAGCUAGAAAAGACGAAGGCUUGGAUCACCUCCAAAACAAGCGGAAGUGACGUUAUGGAACUGUGGCGUGAACAUGAUCUCCCAUGAUAUUCUAGCUUGAACUCUAACGCAAUCCUCCAGAAAUUGCCGCCGUAUUAUAGUCAAUUUCUGAGGCAGGGACCUUGUUUCCUGCUCUUGUCUCCAAGAUUUCUUGGUUCGCAACCAAUGGUAAUGUACAGUACAACCUUAAGUGUUAGCGAGCUCGCCCAGAAAAUGUAAUUCGACGUCGUAAUAUUUAAAGCAAAUGUUUUAUAGAAGGUGCACUAUAUUUGGGGUUUCUUUUGAUUGAAAAUAUGUCUCAGUACAUGCAACUGAACACUUUUAUCCGUUCCGAAUUGAACUGUGUUCCUUGCAUAGCUAAAGCUUUUUGAGCGCUUGUGGAGGCAAAUCUCGCACGAUAUUUUAUUGACCAUGUUUCCGUGCAUAUUUACCAACACUCCCCUUACUUUCAAAAGAAAUUUCGACACUUCAUUCUUUCUUUUAGAAAAGGUACUAAGUAGAAAUAUAUUUUGACGUAUUCAUCAUGCUUUAUUUUUUUACAUUUUCGUGUGGUACACUGAAAAAAAACAAGAUCCUGUUGUCGAACCGAGGUAGCUGUAACCACCUGUUCUCCCUUUCAUAUUGCAGCUUAAGCAUUGUGAUCUUUUUUGUGCAUGUUUUGUUCUCCCGUGCCUAAUGUAUUUCCUAUUCUAUUAUUUGGUUAGUAAAAUUAUUCAGCAAAUUU